AUGAGGGGCCCAGCGCAGACAUGGAGCAUGAUUUUUGCUCUUAUUUGUGGCCUUCGCGCAAUUUCAGUAAAUGCAAUCUCACUCUCGGGUCUAAAUGGCGCUCUGGCUAGCGUCCUUCACCAUAUUGAACAAGAGUCGUUUCCUGGAACAACGCCACAGUAUUUUCAUGGCGAAAACUCGACCGUGGGAACCUCUUCCUUCGGCCCAAGUUCGGUGUUGACAUCUGCAUUUCCUGUUGACCUGAUCAUCUCGUACAACCAGUCUGAUGGCGUGACUAAACAGUUCCUUGCUAGGUAUGCGUCGUUCAGUCCCAUUCUUAACGUGAAGCUACGGAGCAAAUUCGUGUUGUUGAACUUGACUGCAUGCUCUCCCAUCGACCAUCAUCGCUUCCCGGACGUCAAGGGCAAAAUCGUGAUCGUUCAAAGAGGUGAGUGUGCUUUCGUUGACAAGGUCACCAACCUUCUUGAGGCCAAACUUGAUCCGCAUGCAAUAAUCAUAGCCAAUAACGAACCUCAUAGAGGCUUGGUCACCAUGUAUUCCACCAGUUUCAACGAGGAUGGCCUGGUGACCGUUCCCAUUCUCUUCAUGACACUUGAGGAUUACCAAGGCUUGGUCCAAGUGAAGGAUCAAGAUAUUAGCCUCGUGAUUCAGACAGCAUCAAUAGAUGGUUUGGUGGGUGUCAUGCUUCUGAUGGCCAUCUCUCCAACACUCAUCAUCUUCUUAUGCUAUCUCUUGGUCAAAGCUCUUAGGCACUUCAGAAAGCGUACUCUCAACGCGCGGUACAAAAAAAUCGUUCUGAAACUACCUGUAUUUAUGUUUAGCACUACGCACUUGAUACCGGCCAACAAUUUCUACCCCUAUCUACUAGCCACUCGUCAGACUGAGGAUCUACCUCUGACAGUGAAUUCAAGUGAUGACCUCUCGAGCCAAAUAGAGCUGCGUCCACUGCCCACCUUUGUAAUUAAUGGGACUGAUGUGCGCACUUUGACCGACAUGGAUCUUCUAUUCGCCGAAAAAGAUUACUUCAAGACCCAAAAGUGUUCCAUCUGUUUGGGACGGUUUGUGCCACUAAGCUCCAAAGUCCUAGUGUUGAAAUGCAAACACAUGUAUCACGAGGAAUGUCUCUCGAACUGGCUAGUCAACUUUAGACGCUCUUGCCCCUUGUGCAACGAGAACUUGAACCUACUCGAGCAAAGCCAUGCCUCUUCUAAUCAGUCCAGAACUUACCGCACGUUCACCCCAGAUCUAGAGAGAGGCGAUUCAGACUCCGCAUUCCUUCUGAGCUCAUCCCCAAGCUCUGGAUUGCUACUGCGCAGCAGCGAAGAAUAUGGCUCAAACAAUCUGGAGCCAAUGCCCUCUCAAGGUCUAUUUGAUAAUGCUACUACGACCUCUUCAUUGAAGAUUCCUAUUGAAUCGACCUCCAAGAGCUCACUUUCACAAACCCAUUCCAAUGAAUUGGCUGUCGCCGACAGUGUCGAAUCAUCUACAUCCUACAUGACCACCAGAACUCAGCUUCUGGAAUCCAUCUCAAGCUCCUUCUUUACCCCACAAUCCACGCGCGAGGAUAGUGUGGAGGAUGCUGAAACCGAUCUGUUUCAACUGAGCACAUCCACGAUCCGGCUGCCAUGA